AGUGGGAAGUGCAUCAAGGUUGCAAAAAGCACUCAAUCUUCCACCGAUACCAAGAGAUUUUCCGUGCGUCUCUUGAUGGAGAGUGAAAUAGAUGGCUAUAUCGUUUGGCUACUUUACAUGACUUAGAGUAUGCCUCGUGGUGUGUGGGAUGUCUUUAAUAACAAUGAAUGGAAAAAUUAUAUCAUUCUGUCUUGUUCUUUUUAUUUGCGUGCAUUGCCAAAUUGAGCAAAAUUGUGUGGACUGUCGACAUCGGGAUUUUGCCCAUCGACCGCGAUUUUACCACAACUCGAGCCUCAGUGUCAAUCUGAUCGUUCGUGUGAUCUGUUAGGAAGUUUUGUUACUCAACAUUCAUCGCCUAAACCGUUUUUUUUUGUUUGAAUGAAAGUGAAAGAAUAGUGAGAUUUAUUUUUUAGAGCAUAAACUGUUCUUAUGGUGGAAGAUGAUCAACGGAAAAUUCUUCACAGGACUCACAGAUAAGAUGAUGAAGAAAAAUGGAGAUGGUCCCAAUCGUCUGGAAUCCCAUCUCUACUGGCCAGAUGAAUCCACAACACCAUCUGUUCGUGAAUCAUCACACAGAGAUUCAGUUUUGGCAGCAAGGCGUCGACAAUCAGAUACACCAUCAACUUCUCAAUUAAAUAAUGCCACGGACGAUGUUGCACCCAGAGAUUUAGUCAGGAAGCAAAUGAAAUCCCGUAUUGAAUUUUAUGAUCAUGUGGACACUUCUAAGGAUACCCUGAGAAAUAUUCCCGUUGAUAGAGGCUUUCAGGAUCAAAAACGAAAGACACUAUCGUCAAAAAUUGAAUUUUACGAUUAUGCUGAUGAACCAAAAAUACAAAAGAAAUCUCCAGAAAAAUCAGUGAAAAGUGCAACUUCAGCCAAAGUUACUGUAAAAAAGAUUUCUUUUACAGAAGAAAAAUCCCCUGAAAGUAAAAUAGAACGAAUGAUUCCCAUUAAAAAUGAUGACAUCUCGAAGAAAUCAAACAUUUCCAAGAAAAAUAUCAGUAAAUCUGUUGAAAAUCUCUCUCUAAAGGACGAUGAUGAUGUGGACCUUGAUCUCAAGAAGCUCAAUAAACAGGUGCAAAAUCUCAAAAUAACCCCAAAUAGACGAUCUGAAGAGAAAGUUGAGACAAUAAAGAAGACAAAAGUGAAGCCUAUCCUGAAGACACGUCGAGUAGAAGUUGAUGAAGAGCCUGAAGAAUUUGUCUAUCGAAAUGGAUACGAUUAUGACGAAAUGCCUGUACGUAUGAUUAAAUCUCGCAUGGUGAGACCCCAAGAGGAUUAUUACUAUGAAAAUCGCCUAGUACCAUCCUAUAGAAAUCGACCUAUUCGUCCUGAAAUCUUCGAGGAUGAAGCACCUAUGAUUGUAAGACCUAUUUCGACGAUUGAUAGAUUUUACUACCAACCUCGAGAAGUGCUGUAUCGAGAACCCGAAUCCCGAAGACGAACAGUAAAAUAUAUGAUUCCCGAUGAUGAGGAUACUUCUGAGAAAAUUCCUGUAAAAUCCCAACAGAGACCAAGAUCUCCCUCACCUGCACGAGAAAUCCCCAAAACCAAGAGUGUACAGCGUUCAAAUACUGUGAGGGAGUCAUCAAAUAAUUCCGAUGCUCCAAAUGAGGCUCGUUUGAGGGCACAUCAGCAUCUAAAGUCAAGUAUUUCAUUUUAUAAUGACACCACCACAGUGGUAAAUGCCAGCGAGAGGAAACCACUGAGUAUUCGAGAUACCGCAGUUGCUCGCGUAGGUGUUGGACUUCCAGAUAUAUGAAAAAAUCAUACAUUUUAUAUAAACAUAAAACUUAAGAGAGCAAAAAUAUUGACAUGCCACAGUGAUUUAUAAGACACAAGACAAUAAUAUUUUUGACUAACUAAUUACUAUAUAGGGUGACGAGUUUGUGUAUACCAGAACUUACAGAAAACAUGCCAAGAAUAUAAGCCAUACACACGUUAGAAUAACGAUUACUUUAACGAUAUUACAGUAAUGUGCAAAUACCUAUGAAAGUAUAAUAAUGUGUAGACAUUUUUGGAUGGAAUAAAUAACAGUUCCAGAUUUAAAAAAAAAUCUGAAUGUUUUUAAAAGGCGUUGUCUGAGGUCAUCAAUUGUUAUACCUGCACAGCACUUAAAGCCGAAAUUUCCGAAGAAAGAUUAAGAGUUUUUUUUUAGCAUUUUUGAGUUUAAACA